AUGACUGAAAAAACUGGUUUACCUUUUAGACAUGGAAUGCUAGUUGAUGAAAUUGUAUUGAUAAGAAUAAAUGACUUACUCUCAUUUGAUGGAAAUGAAGGUGUGUUUAAUAUAACUAAUAGAAUACCAGACAACACGAUUUUGGAUAAAACUCUUUGUACGUUCACAUUUCCUGAUCAUGAUCUCAGCAGUUCAUCUAAAAAAGAAGAUAAAUUUACAUUUACAUUAACAGAACUUGAUGGGAGGAGGAGAUAUUGUCAUUGUAAAAGAGAAGUGUAUCAACGGUCUUAUUGUUUUUGUAUCAUUUCAUCACAUCCUUCUUUCACGUUGUUUAGUAAUAUCUUAGACUUUCUUAGUCAAAACAUUAAUUCAAAGUAUUUAAAUGAUAUUUUCCUUGAUCUAUUCAAUAAACAAUUCCCUGAAAUCAAUCAGACAAUUACUAAUGACAUACCAAAUUCUAAAAAAUUCACAUACACAAUUAAACGUAUAGAAGACACUUUAUUUGAACCUAAUUUUAUUACUCCAUCUUUAUUUUUAAAUAUGUUUGGUGCUUCAUUAUUUGUAGAUAUGUUAUCUCAUCUUCUUCUGGAGAGGAAAUUUAUUUUUAUUUCUGAGUCUUUACAGUUACUUAGUUCUUCACAUGUUCUUAUUCCAAUUCUUCCUCCUGAUAUGUUGUCUUUAGCAUUUGCUCCAAUGCCAUUCAUUAUUGGUUGUACCUAUUCUACUUUUCUUCAAAUGGUUGAAGAAGUUGAAAUUAAUGAUGUUUAUGUUUUUAAUUUAGAUACAUCAACAUUUCUUUCUUUUCCUUCUCAUCCACUCUUAUUAACAAGUGACCGUUCUGUUCAAUUAAGGUCUCAAUUAAACAAGUUACAAAAAAGUAUGGAAACUGAAAAAAAGUCUGUUCUAUUACAAUCAUCAGAUUCUGCCAUUUCAUCUCUACUCUUAGACUUUUAUAGAUAUUCCUUUGGUUUUUAUGUCUCAACAUAUCGUGAAAAAGUUAACCAAAAAACUCUCCAAAAAGUGAAAGGUUUUGAUCUUACUAAUCCAAAAACAAACCCAGACAAAACAGGAAGGACAUUCUUUCUUGAAUUCCUUAAUAGUCAAAUGGCAGACAUGUAUUUCUCUGAAAGAGAAAAACAAGUUAUUGAAGGAAAAAAUAUAAGAAAGUUAUGUCCAUUACUCAUUCCUUAUAACUCUAAUCCUAUUUUUGAAACACCAUCAAGUUAUGGCUAUUACAACACCAAAUGUGUUAAUUGUCAUAGCACUAUCCUUUCACAAUCACCUUGUUGUAUGUUAGGAUCAUUACCAUGCCACUGUUGUUGUUAUCGGUGUUUGUCUUGCUUUAGGAUUAUGCUUGGUGACAUCAAAGGGGAUGUAAAUCGUAUGAUUUGUACAUUAUGUAUUGAAUCAAAUUCUCAACCAAAACAUAGAACCACUGAAGAAUAUCAACAACUGUUAAGUAAAAAAUAUCGUACAGCACUAGGCAAUAUAUCACAAAUAUUAUCCCAAAAAUCAAAAUCAUCAAAAAAUGUAGCUUCAACACCACCAUCAAAUUCCCAACAUGCUACCCCUUCAAUUACACCAAGAUAUGACAAUACUGAUACUAAGUCAAUUAAGUUGUUUGAUUUUUCCAAUGCAAAAUCUCAUUCAACCCAACCAACAAUUGCUUUUGAUUUAGUUAGCACUUCAACAGACGAAUUGGAAAACGAAGACCUUGUCAUAAAAGAAAAGAAACUAGAAGAAUCUAAUAAUACUCCUGACCAAUCCAACGAUAAAAAUCUUAAUAACGAAUUGUUUGAUUUUGGUCAGCACAUAUCAACACCUCCAUCAACACCAAAUUGUCCUCUAUCAAAAAGUUCAAUAAAUGAGUCUGGCUCUGGGACAUUCAUAUCUGAUAGUAUUAAUACUUCUAUUUCUCAGCAACAAAUAAAACCCCAACCCACAAACGUCCCUUUGUUCGAUUUUACUUUACUUUAA